GAUGUACUUAUUAAAAUGCAAAAUUCCGGAACAUGGGAAAGAUAAGAAAUUCUAUCUUUAGUACAGCUAUCUGAUCUAAGUGUAGCCUGUUGCUUUGCUACUGCUCCUCUUCUUCUUAUUUUUUCUUCUCUAUCCCAUCUGGAUAAUAUCAUCAUAUAUAGAAUUACACUUCCAUGAUAUCCAGUUGUGGGACUUGGAAAGAUUUGGCUUAGCUAACUUUCCUGACCCCACCAUUCCACUUGUAUUUCCUUUUCUUGAACCUACUCAUUGCCCUUUUAACUAUUUAUAACACAUUUACGCUGUUGACUGUACGGAAAAAAGCCAAGUGUUACAAAAAGAGAGUACUAAAAUAGCCUGAAGGAUUAACCUAGCAAGUGAAUUGAGGAGAAAAAUACACAGAAAGUGGCUAUGGAAGUAGAAGAUGAUUUGUUUUUUGCAAACUUAAGCAAGCAAAUCUCCCUUCUAAUCAUGGAUGAUGACGAGAGAGACCCUUCAACUCAUUCUUCUUCAGUUAUUCUUCAGGCCUUCCCACAACAGAUGGAUCCAACCAGAAAAGCCCCAUAUAUUUAUGGACAAAGCUGCAAAAGGGAAAGCAAAGGAACUGGAGUUUUUAUCCCUUGUUCUUCCUAUCCAAGAAGAAAUAAUAAUUAUAGGCAAGGAAGAUCUAUUUCCUCCAACACCAACCUCCCAAGGCACGCCAUUGAUCCGAGAAGAGUUCUUCACACCCAUUUCAAUGAUAAUCCACUUUAUGAUUCGUUAAACCCUAGAAAUUUUUCUUAAUUAUCGUUAAGAUUCAAGAAUAUAUAUCAUUAUAUAAUUUUAAUGAAUUCAAUUUUAGUUUUAUGUUAAAAUAUAUGAACGAAGGCAAAGCCUUCUCUUGUAAAUUAGUUUGUACUUGCGAUUGUUUUUAGGUUGUCAUAUUGCUUAUUGUAUAAGUCUCUCAUGUUAA